CCAUGGUAUAGUGCAUAGGGACUUAAAACCUGAUAACAUCAUGAUCGACAACAAGGGGAACAUCAAAAUAAUCGACUUUGGGCUUAGUACCCAAGUCCAACCCGGACAGAUGUUGGAUGAGCACUGUGGUGCUUAUGCUUAUGGUGCCCCUGAGUUAUUCCUCUGGGAUAGAUACGAUGGAACAAAAAGUGACUUAUGGGCAUUGGGAGUGAUAUUGUAUUACAUGGUUGUUGGAAAGGUCCCAUUCGAUUCAUUUAUCAAACAUGAGCUACAAGAGCAGAUACUUGCAGGUGUAUACCCUGCCCCCUGUGGGGUGUCCAACGAGCUGGAGGACCUAUUGAGCCUGUUAAUGACCGUAAACCCCAAAUAUAGGCCGACAGUCACGGAAGUGAUGAAGCAUCCAUGGUUCAAAGGCCACUGGAAAGGGUUCAAAAAUAUUCAUGAGGAACCUGUCCCUGUCAGACCAGAUCCUGACAUUGUAGAUGCGAUGCAGCAUAUUGGGUUCCGAGCAAAAGAUAUUAGAGAAUCACUCACUGAAGAAAAAUUUAAUGAAAUGUCAGCUGCAUAUUUCUUAUUGGAAGGGCAGGCUGUCCAGAGGGAAGUCCNCUCAACCCAGGCUCCAANAGUGAGUCAAGUUAAGGCCCCAUUCCCUUCNAUUGAUGCUGGUGCUNNUUUGUGUUUNANANUUAAGAGGANUGGAAGCGCUCCCAUCCUUGGCAGAUCGGUCUGGCCAUCCUCCAUUGGUCAAGUGCCAGCCUAUGNCCAGAAGGUUAGGCAAAGAGCAGGCAGAAGAUCCACUGGGCAUGGUCUGUUCUGGACAAACCAGAUGACACCCACACAGGACCAACACCAGAUCCGUGCCAUGAGUGUCCCCUGCAUGCUUUCAACAAGCAGCAUAACUGAACAGAGCUUCAGUGAGAAGAGAGAAGAGGAUCUCCCCCACAGUGUUUUAGCAGAGGAUAAGCCCAUCCCCAGCAGGGGCUGGCGCAGAGGCAUCAUGAGAUGGACAAGGAGGUUGGGGAAUGCCAUGAGGAGGCUGUGUUUCUGAAUUCCGUCAAUAAAAAGACUUCGUCUGGGGCACAACAGAGUCUCCCCCCAGAAAUGA